AUGCCACCCAGAGUAACUCGCUCUUCAGCGAGACUUGCCGCUCCGGCCCACCCUACUACCGACUCUACUGCUGCUACACCAUCUACCAAUUCUUCCCUACCUCAGCAGUCAUCCACUACCGCCACCUCGUCUUCUUCCCGCAAACGCAAACAGUCCCAGGAAGAUCCUCCUCCGCCUGCCUCUCCGGAUACCACCCAACCCCGCAGAUCCAAGAGAGCUCGUCUUUCCAACCCUACCUCUGGCCAGUCCCAACCAUCCAAGCGCUCCAAGAACAUGUCUUCUUCCAGCCAUGACGACGACCAAGAUCUCUCCCGUCCAUCCGUGAACAGAUCCAAACACUCUUCCACUUCACCAGACGACCACGCCUCUACCACCAAACGUAGCUCCCACAUCUGCUCAACCCUCGUCCUCGCGCAAAUCUUCCAAAAGUCUUCACACAAGAAGGUCCCCGACGCCUCGUCCAGUCGCCCCAAUCCCGAUCCACCACGGAUGCCCGUUGAUUACGACGAUGACGACGACGAUCCGGAAGACAACGACGACGACGAUGAGCUAGGAGAUGAAGAUGACGAUGAAGAUGCUGCUGCCGCUGCUGCUGCUCUCGGAUAUUCUGGCGGCGAACCGGGCGAUGACCCCUUNUCCGGUGCUUUCCUCAACCGCUCAGGCAUGCCCGCCGGCCUGUCGAGUACCCUUCGCGCUCUUAGUGGUAUGAUGUCGGGUAUGACGACCCGCUUGCGAGGCAUUCUGGAGAAUCUACGUGCGAAGGAUGACCCUUCGGUACAAAUGAUUGCUCUUACCGAGCUCUCGGAGAUCUUGCUCGUCUCAAACGAAGACAACCUUGCUGGACACUUCUCUCCCGAUCAGUUCGUCAAAGAGUUGGUGGAUCUCAUGCAGCCCAAUGAUUUCACUGGUGAAGAGAACCCUGAGAUGAUGCUGUUGGCUUGCAGAUGUAUCGCAAAUUUGAUGGAGGCUCUGCCUCAAGCUACUGCGAGCGUAGUAUAUGGCGGUGCUGUGCCUAUUCUGUGCCAGAAGCUCCUCGAAAUCCACUACAUUGACCUCGCCGAGCAAGCACUCAGUACCCUCGAGAAGAUAUCGAUCGAGUUUCCCGCCUCCAUCGUUCGUGAAGGUGGUCUUACUGCCUGCCUGACCUACCUCGAUUUCUUCGCCACCAGCACCCAGCGAAGCGCUGUUACCACCGCCGCGAAUUGCUGCAGAAACCUGUCUGAUGACUCGUUCCCUACCGUACGCGAUGUCAUGCCUAUUCUUCUCAACGUCCUGUCGAGUAGCGAUCAACGGGUCGUGGAACAAGGCUCGCUCUGUGUUUCUAGGAUCGUAGAGAGUUUCAGAUACCAAGAGUCUAAGCUUGAAGAGCUGGUCAGUCCUGAACUGCUCAAGGCUGUACUCAGACUGCUUCUACCUGGUACAACCACCAUGAUCGGACCCAGCAUUCACACUCAGUUUUUGCGCGUUUUGUCCAUCACCGCAAGGGCAAGCCCGCGCUUGGCGGUGGAGUUGCUACGAAUGGAUGUUGUCGACACUCUCUAUCAAAUCCUUACUGGAGUUUCUCCCCCUUCAAACAAUGACGAUGUUGCCUUGAAGAUUGAUAAGAACAUCAUUAUGCAAGCUCUCAUUCGUACGCCACGCGACCAGAUCUUUGAGACUCUGAAUGUCGUCUGCGAGAUUCUCCCUAGUGUUUCGCCUGAUAACCUCAUGUUCAUCAACGAUCUCACUGAUGCUGGUAACACUGGUCCAGGUAGUGUCUCAAUGGGCACUCGUGCUCGCAGCUCGCCGAAUGAUAAGCGCUUGGAGCUUCUACGAGAAUGUCAGCCCGAGGUUCGCCGCUUUGCAGUUAUCCUCUUCCCAACUUUGAUGCACGCAUACACGAGUACCGUCAAUCUCAGCGUCAGGCAGAAAGUGCUUACUGCACAGCUCAAGAUGCUUUCCAACUUUGACACCACUGUGCUCGAGGAUGCCCUCUCGGGCGUAGCUUACGCUUCACACCUCGCAUCAAUCCUAACACAGCAAGAGAACCCGAUGCUCGUCACCUUUGCCCUACAAGUUGCCGAACUUCUUCUCAAGCGACUUGAGUCGACUUACAGACCUCAAUUCUAUCGUGAAGGUGUCAUGGCCGAGAUCAGCAAGCUUGCACAGCGAGAGAUGACCUCCGUCAACUCAAACGAGCCCAACACUACUUCAGCACCGCCUGUUGAUGCACCUUCUUUCUCUGCAGAGCUCCCUGUAAGAUCGGAACAUGGUGAAGACGAUGACCCUAGUGAGCCUGAUUAUCCUGACGAGGGGUCUGCUGGAGAGCAUGACGACGACAAUGAUGACCACGAUGAUGAUGAUGACGACGAUUCGGGAUCAGAAUCUGGAGCACAGAACCUGCGUACACCCGUUACUGCCAGCGUCCAAGAUAUCAUCACAACCAGAGCCCGCCAGUUCGUUGAGGCAUAUCAGAAUGAUGGUGGGCUUGGUGAGGCUUCAAGGGCACUCUCGGAGCUUAAAAACCUUGCUGAAGAUCUUCGCAAGUGUUACAGCUCGAACAACCUGUCUGAUGGGCCCAAAUUAUUCCAACGUCUCGCCAAGCAUUUCGAUGGUGACACUCCCGAGACCAUCACGAGCUACGAGUUACUCACCUCUGAUAUUGUCGCAACUCUACUCGAGAUCUUCAAGUCCUCAGACAGUCAGACAGGCCGUGCUGCGAGAUCCGCCUUCCUGGACGCAUUCAUGUCACGAAGAGGCCAAAUAAAAGGUACAACUGGCAACACAACUUCCCCAGCAACUGCAUUCAGUGCCUUGAUCCACAAGCUACAAGAUUUGCUUAGCCGAACAGAGCACUUUGAGGUCAUUACGGUCCACCAGAACGCUUCUGACAGCAGCAGAAGUGGUGCAGCUUCGAUGCUUGCCAAGCAACUGCGUAUCAAGCUAUCGGCCGAUGAUGAAUCUGGCAUUCCACGUCCUUACAGAAACAUCAUGGUCUCAAUCCAUGCCAUCGCAACAUUUAGAGCUCUUGAUGAUUACCUGCGUCCACGUAUCAGCCUUGCAGAAAGAGCUGUACGCAGUCGUGAAGCGCUGACUAACAGCCUCGCCGAAGCAGCUGCUCGCAAAGACGGAAAUGCUACAGAAGGAGCUUCAACUCCUGCAAGCAAACGCGCUCAUACAAGAUCGUCUCAACCCGACAGCACUCCUAAGAACAGCGGUGACGCUAACAACCGCUUGCGUAGAUCUUCGCGCAAAGACGAUCAACAUCAGCUAGAGUGUGCUGACGAAGCCGCUCUUUCAGAUGAAGAUGAAGAUGGCGGAGAGGACCUUGACGCCAUCGUUAACGACUUUGACGACGAAGACCAGGACAUGGAAGAUGCGGACCAGGACACUUCGGCAGUCAAUCUGGAGGUCGCUAACAGCGGAAAAGUAACUGCUCACAAGGAGGAUGGUACCCGUAUCAGUACCCCACUACAAGGCUCACAGCAGUCUGCAACUUCUCGUACCUCUGCUUCUGCAAGGCUUGCUGCGGCGAGAGAAGUUCUCUCUACACCUACUUCACAGAGACCUGCCAAUGCUCCUGCAAUCCAACCUGUUUCUCAAGACUGGCAUAUUGAGUUCAGUGUCGACGGGCAGCCAUUGUCCAACGACACCACAAUCUACCGUGCUGUUCACUUCAACCAGACCCACCCCGACGAGGUAUCGAGCCGUAAUAUUUGGUCAACACUACACAAGAUAUCUUUCAGACGUGCUCCUGGCCCCCCUCCUGCAGAGCCUAGCACGCUCCAUUCGUCAUCAGACCCUUCGACAGCGUCCACCUCUGAACUCCCACCUUCGCUCAGUCAGCAUCCUGCCACCGCCGCCAUUCUUCGUUUGAUGAGCACCCUGCACGACAUGAACGCCAAUCUGGAAGACAUUGUUGCUGAAGAGCAAAGCAAUGGCACGCAGAUGAGCUCGGAGCCUCUGGCUCAAUUCGUCAAUACCAAGUUGACCGCCAAACUUAACCGUCAGCUUGAAGAGCCUCUGAUUGUCGCUAGCAACUGCCUUCCUACCUGGAGUGAGGACCUCGCUCGCCUGUAUCCAUUCUUGUUCCCAUUCGAGACCAGACACUUCUUCCUCCAGUCGACCUCGUUUGGCUACUCGAGAUCCAUGACUAGAUGGCAGAAUGCCCAAUCAGAAAAUGAAUCCAGACGUCAUCGCGAUGAACGACCUUUCCUGGGUCGUCUACAGAGGCAAAAGGUUCGCAUCUCUCGCAGUAGAAUUCUUGAAUCUGCCAUCAAGGUUAUGGAGCUUUACGGAUCAUCUCCAAGCAUUCUUGAGGUUGAAUACUUCGAAGAGGUCGGUACCGGGCUUGGCCCAACUCUUGAAUUCUAUUCGACGGUGUCCAAAGAGUUCUCGAAGAAGAAGAUCAAGCUCUGGCGUGAGAACGAGUCAAUCGCUGGUGACGAUUAUGCCUUUGGUAUGCGCGGCUUGUUCCCAGCUCCAAUGAGUGAGGCACAGUCGAACGACGAACACGGCAAGAAGGUGCUGCACUUGUUCAAGAUGUUGGGCAAAUUCGUUGCACGCUCGAUGCUGGACUCGCGCAUCAUUGAUGUUUCUUUCAAUCCUACUUUCUUCCGCAUAAGCGCGGGCAACUCCACAAUCAAGCCAUCCCUUGGAGCCGUUGCUUCGGUGGACAAGGAUCUUGCCAAUUCCUUGAAGCCUCUUGUACGCUGUGCAAGAGCAAAGCAGGACAUCCAGGAAGAUGAGACGAUGACUGCGGAGCAAAAGACUCAAGCUAUCAAGGACAUCAAGAUCAAGGAUGCCUCCAUUGAAGACCUUGGCCUUGACUUUACGCUGCCUGGCUACCCUACCAUUGAACUCCAACCCAAUGGUUCUGAGAUUGAUGUGACCAUUGAUAACGUUGAGAUGUAUGUCGAGAAGGUCAUCGACUUCACCCUUGGCCAAGGAGUGCAGAAGCAGGUCGAUGCUUUCUGUGCUGGGUUCUCUCAGGUGUUCCCGUACUCGGCCCUCAAGGCAUUUACACCUGAUGAGCUGGUUAUGCUCUUUGGCCGUGCUGAGGAGGACUGGUCGCUUGAGACACUUAUGGAUUCGAUCAAGGCUGACCAUGGCUUCAAUCUCGACAGCGCAAGCGUCAAGAACCUUCUGCAAACAAUGUCAGAGUUCACGAUGCCUGAGAGACGCGACUUCCUGCAAUUCGUUACUGGCAGUCCCAAGCUCCCCAUUGGAGGAUUCAAAUCAUUGACUCCAAUGUUCACGGUGGUGUGCAAGCCCAACGAGCCUCCACUAAUGCCCGACGACUACCUGCCGAGUGUCAUGACAUGCGUCAACUAUCUGAAGAUGCCCAACUACAGCUCCCAAGAAGUGCUGCGGGCCAAGUUGAGUGUUGCAAUCAAGGAGGGACAAGGGGCUUUCCACCUGUCAUAA